AUGAAAUCUGUUUCUCAUGGAGAUCAUGUUGAGACAUUCUCUACAUCCAGAAAGCAACAGCAGGAAGAUCACAGAGCUAAGAGGUCUCACCACUGCCCACAUUGUGAGGAGAUUUUCCCAAUUCUAUCAAAGCUGAAAAUACACCUAAAAAUACAUACAGGAGAGAAUCUGCAUUUCUGCACUGACUGUGGGAAGAAUUUCACAACAUCAAGGGCUAUGACAGUUCAUCAGAGAGUACACACAGGAGAGAAGCCUUACUCCUGCUCUGACUGUAGGAAGAGUUUCUCUCAAUCGAGCCACCUAAAACAACAUGAACAUAUACACACAGGAGAGAAGCCUUACUCCUGCUCUGUCUGUGGAAAUAGUUUCUCUGUACGAGGACAUCUAAAACAACAUGAACGUAUACACACAGGGGAGAAGCCUUACUCCUGCUCUGACUGCUGGAAGAGUUUCGCUCACUCAAGCCACCUAAAACAACAUGAACGUAUACACACAGGAGAGAAGCCUUACUCAUGCUCUGUCUGUGGAAAAUGCUUCACACAAUCGUCUCAGCUAAAAGUUCACCAGAGAACACACACAGGAGAGAAGCCUUACUCCUGCUCUGAGUGUGGAAAUAGUUUCUCUCACCUGGGCCACUUUAAAACACACAAACGUAUACAUACAGGAGAGAAGCCAUACUCCUGCUCUGACUGUGGAAAAUGCUUCACAACAUCAACUGAGCUAAAAGUUCAUCAGAGAACACACACCGGAGAGAAGCCUUGCUCCUGCUCUGACUGUGGAAAAUGCUUCACAACAUCAACUGAACUAAAAGUUCAUCAGAGAACACACACAGGAGAGAAGCCUUACUUCUGCUCUGACUGUAGGGCGAGUUUCUCUCAAUCGAGCCACCUAAAACGACAUGAACGUAUACACACAGGAGAGAAGCCUUACUACUGCUCUGACUGUGGAAAAUGUUUUAAAUCAUCAGCUGAGCUAAAUGGUCAUCAGAGAACACACACAGGAGAGAAGCCUUUCUUCUGCUCUUACUGUGGCAAGAGCUUCUCCCGAUUGGGCAAUGUAAAAAUACACCAACGUCUACACACUUGAGAGAAGACUUAUCAGUUUUCUCAGACCAGCUGAGAUUAGUCACUCCACUUAAUUCUCAUCUCAUAAAAUAAUUGGCAAUGUUGAAUUGGAUCAAAUGAAGAAAGUGUAGAACACUCUAUUGUAAUCCUAUUGUUUCUCACUGUGAGAGAACUGUGCAGAGGAAAGGGAGCGUCAUAGAAUGUUAGCCUCUCUUUACUGAUCAGUGUACAUCUUGUCAGUUUUGCUGUGUUUUUUUAGCCUGCGUCAAUAGAGACACAUACCAGCUCUACUGGUACUACCAGCAGUACUGCACCUGUCGACGGCACAAGCUGUUCUGCUUCCACGAGCACAUCCAAUGCUAAUUCUACGUUUGUUGUUAGCCCAGCUAGCAUGGACACUGACAGUUGUGAUUCUGAUGCAGCCGAAGAGCUA